AUGGGUGUAGCACCCAGGAUGAUUGUGACAGAUCAAGAUUUGGGUAUGCGAUCAGCUAUUGAAGAGGUCCUAGUCGGCACACGUCACCGUUGGUGUAUGUGGCAUAUAAUGCAUAAAUUGGCAGUCAAGGUACCAAACAGAUUAUUGCGGGAUGACAAUUUCAAAAAGGAGUUUAACGCUUGUGUGUGGUCGAACCUGUUAGAGCCGGACGAAUUCGAGGAGGAGUGGAAUAGAUUGGUCAAACAUCAUCAGCUUGAGGACAUCGACUGGUUCAACACACUGUACGCAUAUAGGAAGUACUGGAUACCGGCAUACUUUAGGGAUUUUCUUAUGGGUUCCAUGAUUCGGACUACGUCCAUAUCUGAAUCAGAGAACAGUUUCUACAAAAAUUUUCUGAAGCCCCGAGCAAACAUAGCCGAAUUCUACCUGAAUUUCAACCACGCCAUUGAAUUCCAGCGGAACACUAGAACAACUUUGGACUACCACGAUGCCACUUCCAUACCCAUACUCGCAACUACUCUGCCGUUCGAGAAACAUGGUUCCACUUUGUUUACCGACAGUAUGUUCAGGAAAAUACAAGAAGAAAUUGUGGAAGGUAAUGACAGAUGUCGUGUGCUGAGUUUUAUGUCAGGAGAAACUGUUGACACAUACAAUCUUGGCAAUAGCAAGCGCAAUGCAUAUUCUGUUCGUCAUGACAAGAUGGAUGAUUCUUACUCGUGUGAAUGCAAGAUUUUUGGUCGGCAUGGUUAUUUGUGUAGUCAUAUUUUUUUCUUGUUUCGGAACAAUGAGGUGAAAAAAAUCCCGGAUAAAUACUGUGAAAGCCGAUGGAUGAAGACUCCCUUAGCCAAGGCUAUACACGGGGAGUUUCAGGAUCGCUUGCUGACCCACUCAUCCUCUGACAAUAGGCAAACUGCGUCAAAGCAAGCGAUUUCGAUGUUUUAUGGUUUUCUUAGACAGUUUGAGACCGACGUCGAUGCCUUACGUGCAUUUGUUGCUGGCGUCGAAGACCUUGGCAACUCUAUUCAAACUGGUACUCCGGUAACCUCAGUCGCUGAGAAGAGGCGUAUGGUUGAAGAGUUUUACGGCAUGGUAAGGCCUGAAACUGUUGCAGUGCAUCCUCCCGAUGUCGUGAAGACGAAAGGUCACGCCAGCAGCUCGGCUAGCCGUCUGAUUUCAAAGAGAGAGAAGGCUAUAAAGGAUGCGACUAGGCCUCCUAGACGGUGUAAGGGUUGCGAUGAGGUGGGUCAUCACGACUCCAGGAACUGUCCUGUGCUUAAAGAGAUGAGGACGGAGAAAGUUGCCCGCAAGGGGAAAAAUCCAGCUUGA